CUGGGUUAGCCCUGAAAGCCUGCUUUGUAUCGCUGUUUAGCCUUUUGCCAGGCGGGGCUGCCUUUCCACGUGGCAGCAGCUUCCUCUCUAGGCUGAGCUGGAGAGAGGGCAAAAUAAGUAACUUCGGCCAUGGGUGGACUCCGUCAGCCGCCAGAUAUUUUCGGUGUGCUGGAGUUGGGGGAAGAAGGGCCGCUCAGGCCUGUCAGAAAGCGCGAAGAAAGAGAAGGGAGUGCGUGCGUGUGUGUGUCACCCAAAUGGGGGUCGGAGCCGCUGAAGCCUGGUCUCAGAGCCAGAAGGAAGAUGGCGCCAACCCUGCUGCAGGCGUACCGCCGACGCUGGUGGAUGGCCUGCACCGCAGUGCUGGAAAAUCUCUUCUUCUCAGCAGUUCUGCUGGGCUGGAGCUCCUUGCUCAUCAUGCUCAAGCAGGAAGGAUUCUACUCCUAUAUAUGCGUAGAUGCAAAUGGCACCAAUGCCGCAAAUGGCACCAAUGCCGCAAAUAGCUCAGCUGCAGCUGACUCGUCCUACUCUUGGCCCAGCUGCGUGGAACAGGAGGAGAUGCUCAACCUGGGCUUCACCAUUGGGUCCUUUAUGCUGAGCGCCGCCACUUUGCCUCUGGGGAUAUUCAUGGACCGGCUUGGCCCCAGGCCUCUCCGCCUGGUCGGCAGUGCCAGCUUUGCUCUUUCCUGUUCUGUCAUGGCCUUGGCUGCCUCUAACCCACCAGUUCUUUCCCCGCUGAUUUUCCUUGGCCUUUCCCUCAAUGGCUUUGGUGGGAUCUGCCUGACCUUCACCUCCUUAACCCUGCCCAACAUGUUUGGAAAUCUACGUUCUACCUUCAUGGCACUCAUGAUUGGCUCAUAUGCUUCCUCCGCUAUUACGUUUCCUGGUGUUAAGAUGAUCAAUGACAGUGGAGUUUCCUUCAUCACCAUUAUGCUCAUCUGGUCAGGCCUGGCUUGCCUCAUCUUCCUCAAUUGCUUGAUCAACUGGCCCCAGGAAUCCUUCCCAGCUCCCGAGGAAGCCAGCUACACGAAGAAGAUCAAACUGAGCAGCUUAGCUCUCGAUCACAAGCUGACGGGUGACCAGUUCUAUGUCCAUGUGACUGCUGUGGGUCAGCGGCUGAGCCAGAGAGCACCACAUCCGGAUGGGGGCAAGGAGGAGCUCUACCCAUCUAUGCAGGACCUUUGCCGAAGGGACACAGAAUCCUCUCAGCGCGCCAUCCCCUUCCGCCGCAGCGUCUGCUCUCCCAUCUUCCUGUGGAGUCUCAUCACAAUGGGCAUGACCCAGCUGCGUGUUAUGUUCUACAUGGCAGCCAUGAACAAGAUGCUGGAGUUUGAGGUGAUGGGCGGCAGGAACAUGUCACUUGGUGCGGUCUGCACCCCCCCCACCUCCCUCGUGAUGCCACUGCCAGAGGAGUUGAAGCGUAAAGCUGAGGAAACAGUUGGCUUCUACUCUUCCAUCUUUGGUGCCAUGCAGUUACUGUGCCUUCUCACCUGCCCCUUCAUUGGCUAUGUGAUGGACUGGCACAUAAAGGACUGUGUAGAUGGGCCAGGAAGCCUGAACAGUGCCGGAUCUGCUAGAACUGAGACGAAAGGAAAGCCAACCAUAGUUCGUUACCGUAAGCUCCAGAAGCUCACCAAUGCUAUCUGUGCCUUCGUCAUCACUAAUCUGCUGCUGGUGGGGUUUGGUAUCACUUGCCUAAUCAACAACCUCCCUCUACAGUAUGUGACCUUCAUCCUUCACACCAUGGUCCGUGGCUUUUUCCAUUCUGCUUGUGGGAGCCUCUAUGCCGCUGUGUAUCCAUCCAAUCACUUUGGAACAUUGACCGGUCUACAGUCAUUGAUCAGUGCUGUAUUUGCUCUCCUCCUGCAGCCACUCUUCAUGGCUGUGGUGGGGCCACUGUGUGGUGAUCCUUUUUGGGUGAACCUUCCUCUCCUCAUCUUCUCUUUCAUGGGCUUCCUGCUUCCUGGCUACCUCUACUUCUACCGCCGCAGGCUCCUCCAGGAACUAGCAGCAAAAAAAGGGAUUCCAGACCAGGCUAAUGGCGCCCACUUGAAACUCCAGGACAGUGCAGCAGCCAAUGGCUUGCUGAGCAAUGACACAACUGCUAUAUAAGCCAGGAACGGGGAAGGUGGGGAGCUUGUGGGUGACAGAGAACAGAACGUGGAACCGGAGUGCCGAGCAGAUGGAGUGAGACACUAUUAGAGAAGGGAGGGGAAAAUACUGUGACAAUUUUAUAUUUGGGAACUAUGAAAAUAACUGAGGUGCUUUUCAUUCUCAACAAAUGCAUAUCUAUAUUUAUAUCUCUAUUAUAUAUAUGUAUAGAAAGAGAACUCUAUUUUUUUUUUGCAGAGUAUUUUAAACAGCCUUAUAAGUAGAUACUAGGGCAUCUGUCAAUGAGCAUUAGAGGACUAGAAUAGUUUAUAAAAAGGUCUCUCUCUUGUGAAGAGGUGUCCAAUCAUGGUAUCUGUGUCUGGUUCACACUAUGUAGCCAACGCUUUACAAGCAUAGCAUUCUUAGGCUGUGGUGCCAAAUUCCCCUUAUCAGGUCCCUCCACUCCACACAGUGGUUAUUGCAGAUAAAAUCAAAGGAUGGAUUAAGCCAGCCUUGCGCAGCCUGGUGCCUUCCAGAUGUUUUGGACUACAACCCGCAUCAGCUCAGCCAGUUGUAGAUUUGGAGGGCACGAGGCUGAGAAAGGCUUAAUUAAACACACACCCACAUCAGUCCAAAUGGAAUGUUUUUCUGUUAAUUGACUCUGGCUAGUUAAAGACGUUUCCUUAGCUUCCUUGUAUUCUGGCAGCUGAUGUUGGGGUGGCUAAAACAUCGUAAAUCUUCCCUUCCGUCUUCCAAUCCUUCUUCACCACCGCCGCCGAACUUUAUGAAAAUAAGUUAUCUUCUCAUUAAUUGUCUCCCAGAGACUAGUCUCUGAUGGCUUCUUGAAUUUGGUGUGUGCUUGGACCUUCUCUUGACAGCAGGUAUGACAAAGGGUAUAAAGUACAGAACUGAUGCUGGAUUACAUUGAGGAAGACUAAUUUAACAGGAAUUGUAACAGAGGAGAAUAAGAGUGUCAGUUUUAAUGGCCGCCUUUUGAAUGAUGUCCUGGCAAGAGGGACUGUAGCUCUGCUUUCUAGAGGCUGGAUUUUAGCUAUUAUGCCAAGUAUGUUUCCAGAUCCCAACAAACGAUGACUUAUUUAUUUAUAUUUAAAUUUCUGUUGUUGCCUUUCUACCAAAAAUGGUCCUCAACACAGCUUACAUCAAAAUAAUAAAACUGUACAAUCAACAAUAAAAA